UGAAGUAAUCAAUGGAUAAAAUGCUAUUUACGAUGGAACAAAUUAGAAACAUAUCAUGAUUUUUUUUUAAAUUCGCGUUUUCGGUAUUUUUUGACUGUCGUAUUUCGCCAUUCGCGUCAAAUGGGGCACGUAGCAAUAACUCAAAACUUUCAAUAAAGCGAGUCAAAUGGUCCGAAGCCAACCGUCUUUCCGACUGCGUCAGAAUGCCUCCCAGCAGCCACGUAAGAACAGCCACAAAACCGCUCAACAAAAGACCACAAAAACGCCACCGAAUAAAACAACGGAAAACAGCGGGGGUUUGGUGUACCCUGGGGGCGAUACGGCUUUCAAAGCCUUGCUAUCGGCGCGGUUUUGUGCGGCGAUUUGGUCGCACAUCUCUGAUUGCGAUGAAACGUACAAUUACUGGGAACCUAUGCAUUAUCUAGUUUUUGGAAAGGGGCUGCAAACAUGGGAGUAUAGCCCUCAGUAUGCACUUCGGUCGUAUACUUACUUGAUGUGCCAUGCAGCCCCUGCAUAUAUUUACCACAAGUUGCUGCAGCCAAACCCGUUAUUGAUGUUUUAUUUCAUCAGGUGUUUGUUGGGACUGAUUUGUGCUUUAGCGGAAGUUUACUUUUACAAGGCGGUUUGUCGCGAAUUUGGAGUCCACAUAGGGCGCGUUUGCCUAUUUUUUCAAAUUUUUGCAGCUGGAAUGUUUAUAUCAAGUACUGCGUUUUUGCCGAGUAGUUUCGCUAUGUACACAUCUGCAGCUGCUUGUGCAGCUUGGUGGCAACAGCGAUAUCCUCUAGCAAUUUUUUUCACAGCUUUGGGUUCACUCCUUGGAUGGCCUUUUGCGGCUCUUUUAGGAUUGCCCAUCGCUUACGAUAUGCUAGUCCGCCGAAAAAUGUACGUUGAUUUUUUUGCAUGGGCGGUUAUCUCCGGAUCGGUGGUACUUUUGCCUAUGAUUUUAAUCGAUUCAUUCCAAUACGGCCGUGUCACGAUAGCCCCAUUGAACAUCGUCUUAUACAACGUGUUUGGGGGCGCUGGGCCUAAUUUAUACGGGACUGAGCCAUUUACGUUUUAUUUCAUCAAUGGUUUUAACAAUUUUAAUUUUAUAUGGAUUUUAGCCCUACUAAGCCCUAUUGCGAUUAUUCUGGGACAUUUUUUCCUACCAAUGAAAAACAAAAGCACACUUUAUUUGCCUUAUUGGCUGUCUAUAAGUCCCCUGUUUUUAUGGUUGGCUGUUUUUAUGGUGCAACCUCACAAAGAGGAACGGUUUUUGUUCCCGGUUUAUCCGAUGAUUUGUCUUUGUGGGGCCAUCACAGUCGACAUUGCCCAAAAAUUGUUUUUCAGGGUCUGGAAUUUAAUAAAGACAGUACCACAUGGUACCCACUAUCUAGACAUUACCAUGUUCAUCAUGGUGGCUACAAUUGGAGUGACGGGGAUUUGUAAUGUUUCACGCAUUUUUGCUCUGUAUAAAAACUAUCACGCUCCUCUUGACCUGUUAAUUGAACUGAAUAGAUUUCCGGCUGAGUUUAACGUUCCAGAACGGGCAAUAAUUAACGUUUGUUUGGGGAAAGAUUGGCACAGAUACCCCUCUUCGUUUUUUCUGCCCAAUAAAAAUUGGAACGUUCGUUUUGUUCAAUCGGAAUUUAAGGGUUUGUUACCGGCGCCUUACUCUGUCGGUAAUAACGCGACUUAUGUGGUUCAUAACCAUUUCAACGACCAGAAUCAGGAAGAACCGAGUUUAUAUUUUAAUUUGAGCAAGUGCCAUUUUUUGCUGGAUUUGGAUGUGGGUAAGGAGACGGAACUGGAGCCGAAUUAUGCGGAAAUGAAAGAUCGUUGGAAAGUUUUGAAAAGUUACAGGUUUUUAAAUGCAGCAAAGUCGCAUCGGUUUUUUAGAGCUUUUUAUUUGCCGUUUGUUUCCGAAAAGUUUGUACAGUUUGGCAAUUUUAGCCUCUUGCAAUCGACGAAAUUAAGAAUAAAAUAAUUGUAGCAAUACGAAUCGUGUAAAUUAUUUUUCCAUAUUGUUACUGUCUUGUUGAGUGAACUUUUUUUGUGAUAUAGUUGUGAUUUUGUAACUUGAGUGUAAUAAAUUAUGAAAAAUA